UCCCCCUCCUUUCUGUACCCGCAAUAGUGGAGCCGAGUGCGGACCCCGUCCCCUCUCCCCUUUGGCGCUGGGCGCGCUCCCUCUCUGGGCGGAGCCGGGGCGGGGCCUGAUGUCAGGUUCUCCUCCCUGGUCGGUCGUAACCCUUGUCCUGGGUAAGAUUCCCGACGCGCCCGACUUACAGGUCGCCCAAGGCGCCUUUUAGGGAGAUCGGCUUUUUCUUGGGUCUGCCUCACUAUCUCGCCGUGCCCGCGCCUGGCUCUGUCCUCUUGGGGCAGACCGGUGUUUCGCCAAGUUUCCCCCUCCUUUGCCCCUCCCUGACCCACGAUUAAAGGUGCUUGUGCCUCUGCAGUUCGAGCCCCGCUUGUCACCUUGGUCGACAAGAAAAGCUUUACCGACACCUCCCUUUUCUGCGCAAGCUGACAGGAGCAAAUUCACCAGGCGCAGCUUUCCCAUUACUAAAUCUGCUAGCCCCUUUACCUGUUGAAACUGCCUGUUACACAGGAGGUAACCAAUUAGAAGGGAAAAGGUUAAUGGGCUCCAAAACCCCAGAGGGCCAACAGAAGCACAUUUGGCCUUGAGGCAACAUACUCACAAGUACUCAAAGAAGCUGAGGUGUUAAUAUGGCUCGUAUUACCCUUGAAGAACUAAAUGAAAUGGAUGAUGAGAUCCAGGAUGAAGAACAAGAACAAGAUGAAAUAGAACAAAAUAGGCUGUUUUCUCUGUGGGAAACAGUAGCCAACAGUCAUCAAGUGAUACUUCCUCAAGACAUGGCAGGUCCAAUAGUACAGAUGACCCACCAUAACCAUGUGCGAGAACCUGUGCCGUAUACUGUUUUAUCACAGCAUGAGAAGUGUGAGGAAACAACAUAUGAGGAACGUCUGUACUCUGCUGGGAAAUGGGCAUGCAUCACCAAAGGAGAACCCAAGUAUGAGCAGAGCACCUCACUGAGUUUCAUGAAACUUAUAAGAUACAUCUGCAAAGAGAAUUCCCUAGGCCAGCACUUGGGGAUGACAGUACCUGUGAUUAAUGAGAUCCACCUGAAUAAGGAGGGUACUGAUUUGGUCCAAGAAGUUAUCACUGCUUAUUAUCUUCCUCAGGAAUUUCAGCUUAAUCCUCCUCUCCCUAUGGAUCCAGAAAUCCAAAUCCUAGAAAGAUCACCACUUCGGGUUAUCACCAGGGAGUUUUAUGGGCCAGCUACUGAGGAGACAAUCCUGCGAGAGAUUCACUUUCUUUGGGAGUUAUUGGGCUCGACAGAUAAUGUGCUCCGUGAAACAUACUUGGUGGCUGCAUAUCAGAACCCUAGUAUACCCAAUCGUCGCAAUGAGAUAUGGUUUAUCCGAAGAACAGAUUGAAAGCACCAUGGAUUUCUGACAAGUGAAUCCAGUGAAUCCCGUUUAGAUGGCAGUUCUAGCCUGAAGGAGAUGAAUGCACUUCCCAACUUACUCUAGAACUGACCUGAUGACCCAUUUCUUUUCCUUGAGGGCAUUAAGGAGUUGUGUCCCCUCCUAUGACUUCAGAAAUAGGGAAAAACAAGAACAUGGAAAAGUAGCAUGGUUUUCUAAUGUUCCUGGAGGGAACUGGCACUGGAAGAAUUUAUGGAUAUCUGCUUCAUUGACUUUGAAAUUUGUCCAUGCACAGUUGAGUUAAAAUGCAUCAGAAAUUGCAACUGUUCAGCAGUCCCCAUCUGGUAUUUCAAAUGUUCUGAAUUCAUCUGGAAAUGAAUUUGGAGUGGCAGUCUGUAGCUGGAUGGGGCAUAAGUCAUGGUUUUACUUCCAGUACUUACUUAGAGAAUUUAAUUUCUGGGCAAGAGGCUAUAUCUUUUAGCCAUGUAUAAGAUACUUCUAAUCACCUUUGUUCCAGCUUGACAUGGAAUAAUUUCAGACAUCCUAAGUGGAUUGAUUUGAAUAUAUCCUAGAAAGCCCUUCCCAGGAACAAUCUCCCCUGAAUGGGAGAUCAGAGAAUUGGAGAUCAGAGAAAUCCUCUUCUGUGUUCCUAAGAGUGGUAUAACACCUGUUCUGUGACCUAUCCGCCAACUGGACUUGUAUUCAUAGAUGCUUCCAGACUGCUGAUUACUGCUUUCAUUUUUCCCUCCUUUAUAGACUUUUUUCUAUUAAUAAAAGUAAAUGGAAGCUACAGCAGAAAAAUAUAGGACUCUUAUCAAUGAAAAAAUUGAUUAUAUGGACCCUGAAUUCCUUUUUAUUUUCUUAAUGAACAAGGUAAUUGUAAAAUAAAGGCCACAUCUAAAAGCAUCCCAUCAUUUUGCAGACCCUAUAGCAUUGAGUGAGCCAUAUGUUUAAGGUGGCUGCAUUGUUGCAUUGCCCUAUAUCAUACUACAUUGGUUGAUUUCAUGGCCAAGAAAGUUGCUGUCUUCUCUGAAGGAGGACAAUAAUAGCACAGAGCAAUUGUGAAAUAAAAUCUAGCUCAAACCUC